AUGCCGAGGAAACCUAAAUGUAGGCUUAUCCGGCCUCCAAAGCGAGAUAGGCGUAAAGAUGCAGCUAAAGAGGUUAAGGACGUUUCUGAGUCACAGCCUGUGGAUGUUGAUAUCUCUACUCAUCCCGUUGAAAAUGAAAGUACUACUAAUGACACUUCUCGAGAACAGCAUGCUGAUCACACUUACUUCAAGCUGCCAAGAAUGGAACAACAAGAAUGGCUGGCGGACCACAAUUAUUUUGAGUUGCCAGGAACAGACAAACAAGAUUUGCAGGCGGACGACAAUUAUUUUGAAUUGCCAGGAACUCAAGUUGAAAGAGACUCUCUUGAUGAUGGUUCUUGUGUGCACUUGGGUUUGCCCCAUGUUCGAAAGAGUGACAUCUCACUUGAUGCCACACCCACUGACAAUGAAUUCAUGGAGCAUAUUAUUGAAAUAGAAGUUUCCAAUGGGGAACAAACUUCAAGUUCAGCUGAAGAACCAGUUAUUACUCCUAGUUUCAUUGAUCUUGACAUCAAUUCAAUCGACUGUGAAACACAGAAUGGAAUUCUGGAAGAUGCAGAUGAGGUGCCAGAUGGACACAUUUUAUGUAAACAAACUUCCAGUUCAGCUGAAGAACCCGUUAUUACUCCUAGUUUCAUUGAUCUUGACAUCAAUUCAAUCGACUGUGAAACACAGAAUGGAAUUCUGGAAGAUGCAGCUGAGGUGCCAGAUGGACACAUUUUAUUUAAACAAACUUCCAGUUCAGCUGAUGAACCAGUUAUUACUCCUAGUUUCAUUGAUCUUGACAUAAAUUUAAUCGACUGUGACACACAGGAUGGAAUUCUGGAAGAUGCAGCUGAGGUGCCAGAUAGACACACUUCAAAUGAACAAACUUUAAGUUCAGCUGAUGAACCAGUUACUCCUAGUUUCAUUGUUCUUGACAUGAAUUUAAUCGACUGUGACACACAGGAGGGAAUUCUGGAAGAUGGAGCUGAGGUGCCAGAUGGACACAUUUUAAAUGAACAAACUUCAGUUAAAGAACCAGUGGUUGCUCCAAAUUUGACUGAUGAUUUGUUAAAGGAAUGCGUCACUAAACUGAAAAGCCUCCUUCCUGCUCACUGGAGUGCCAUGAUUGACGAUGGAGGUCUACAUGUCAUGAAAUUCUCUACAGGCAACAUAAAAGUAGUGCAGCGCUCCCUGUACCUCAGAAAAGAUUGCAAGCUAUCAGCUCAUUUCCAUGGCAAGGAGCUUCCACCAGAUCAUUCCUUCUGUGAAGAGGUUUCAAAAAUAAACUUUGAAGUUGGCUGUGCCGAACUUCUUGCAAAUGCAAUCUGCAGGGCAGUGUCAGAGUAUCGACUCUAUGAAGUUUGCUGUGGAGUUCCAGCUACCAAAUUCAAGAACUUGUGGCACAGAGACCCCGAGUGCUUCACUGACAUGAAUCCCUUCCAUGAAUUUAGGUACCAAACUAUGACAUGUAGAUCUAAUACAUGUUCUUAUGCAGUCCCCCAACUCCAUCGACAAUGUGCAACCUGCAGGAAAGUUCAGAAAAGAUUUUCUUCUCGAUCAGUCUUCAAGACAGCAACCUCGCCCAGCAAACCUAAGACACCUAGUAAGUUUAAGCCUUUCAGCACUCUCAUUACUCCUGAAAAGAAGAAAAGAGCAGAAAUGUACCAAAAACAUAUAAGGAACUUACAGAGACAAAAUGGAAGAUUGAAGGAACAAAUUGCCAAGAAAGUUGCUGAGGAAUCUGUUCUUGUGGACGAAGAAUUUGACAGAGAUUUGACCUCUUGGAUCCAGGAAGCUGAUCAGGAUGGCAAAGUUUUGGACUUUCACAAGAUCUUUUUGCAGCAACAACUUUUAGCAUCAAAUGUAAAGGACAAACGUGGCAUGAGAUGGCACCCCCUCAUGAUAAGGUUUGCUCUGCUACUGAAAACGUUAUCCGAUAGUGCUUACUCGGCUAUGGCUAAAAGUGGCUUCAUUCAUCUGCCAUGUGAGAAAACAUUGUACGACUAUUCUCAUGCUAUGGACGUUUAUGAAGGCUGCCAUCCCAACAUUAUUGAAGAUGUAGCUAAAGUUGUGAGUGCGAGUAAGCACCCCUAUCAGCAAAACCAUGUUUUAUCCUUUGAUGAAGUUACUAUUUCACAAAAUUUGGUAACUCGAAAAGCAACUGGAGAGGUAAUUGGUUACUGUAACCUUGAUUUAGCCAAGUCGGAAGUAUUAAAUCUUGAGAAGAAAUUAAAGGAUACAGCCUCUGAAGUAGCACCCACUCCUGUCGAAGAACUUCCUAUGAUAAAGAAAAUGCUGUCAUUUAUGGUGCGGGGUGUGGCCAAUAGUGUGCAGAGUGUUGUGGCGUCAUUUGGAGUCAAUGUUCUUGCCAAGGAGGAUCUCCAUGAAUAUGUUUGGCAAGUGGUCGGAAACUUGGAAAUGGUUGGGGUGAGAAUUACUGCAUUCAUCUGUGAUGGAGGUCCCUCCAACAGAGGCUUCUUUGAAAUGCAGCCGCCAGCCACUGUAAACACUGAGUCUAGUGUUGUCUUUGACACCCCAAACAUUUAUGAUCCUGACAGGAAUAUCUACUUCAUCUCUGAUCCUCCUCAUUUGUUGAAGACAAUCAGAAACUGCUUGUACAACUCUGGUCGUAAGAAGUGCAGAGAGUUAAAGAAGAAUGGGGAAACUAUGAAAUGGAGCACCAUCGUUCAGCUGUACAAGUGGAAAUCCAAGCAGACUGUGAAGAAGUUGUUCAAAUUAACUGCGCCCUGUGUGUUCCUAAAUUCUUGGUCCAGGAUGAAGGUGGCACUCGCAGCACGGGUGCUGAGCCAGAGUGUGCAUUCGGCUGAAGCUAUAAAAACCAAGAAGGAUGACUUAGCACCAUAUACAUCACCUAAUGAUCAUCGCUUUGAGAAGUUGAUGAAGUUUUUGGAGUACUUGCAAGAAUGGGAAAAAGAAGCUUGUGCCGCUGAACCUUCGAAGGAGAAGAGAGCUACAAUGUUGCUGAGUUUGCAAACCAGGGUUGGGAUUGAAAUAACCAUUCGUGGUUUCAUUGGAGCAGCCAAGUAUCUACUGACUCCUGUUUCUGAGGGUGGCGCUGGGUGCAAGUUCAUUAUGGCUGGAGUCUUCAAUCAAGAUGGGCUUGAACAGUACUUUUCCAAACAGCGAGGUUUGUGUGGUAGUAACAGAAAUCCAACAGCGGAUCAGUUCCUUCGUAACCAGAACAAACUGCACUUACUGCAAGGACUAAGAACCAAACGGAAAGGUUCAAAUACAGAAGCUUCUGAAGAUCCCACUCUUUCUACUGCGCCUCUGCCAAAGCGAAGGAAAACUAGCAGACCACUCAUCUAUCCCAUACGAGAAGAGGAGGAAGAAAAUAUGCAAGUUGGCUGA